GUCGUUCUUGCCUAGAACACUCGGAUCAUGACUGACACACCCACCUUCAAGAAUUGGUCCGCUUCAACAAAACCGCAAACACAGACAUCUUUCCAAAAAAGACACUCGCUUUUUGUUUAUUCAAUAGUCACUCGCUAUAUCUGCUUCGCAGUCUUACUUACUCAAGAGCCAUCCAUUCAACCCCUCAGUAGGUGCCUAUUUUGCUGCCUGAUCCACUUCAAUCAGGUGCCAGUUGACAAUGAAGACGGAUCUUUCAUCCCUCCAUUUCGCGCACAAUCCAAAUUGUGAUUGCGGAAUCGUGGAAGCAUAUGCGAACAAGAGACUCGCCGUCAGAGCCAGUCGUUUCUACAACGAAAGGUACUGCCUUCGUCGUCGCAAGAGCGCAAAAGGAUAUACCAUUCAUUUUCCUUACGAAAUCAAACGACUGGAAAGACCACGAAAGCUUAAUUUGGAUACGGAACACCCGGAGAAGUCCCCUAGUACCGCUACCAGUCAUCAAAAUACCCAUCAGAUCGACCCUCUGAAAUACGAUCCACGAGCUGAAUCAGUGAACGGCCGAUUGUCCUGUCUCAAACUCUGCGAAAGCUUCAAGUUUGCCGGUAAAUUCUUCGCCUCGGAACUAGAUGGUCUCCGAAUAUUCAGGGUAGAAUCGGAAGCGGUUCAGAAUGGGGAGUACACUGACGUACUUGACCCUCGACUUUGGACGACGAGAUUAUACCAGUUCCGUGACACAAUGGGGAGAUAUGCCGGCGCCCUUUUGGAGAAUGUGUCUAUGGCCGAGAUGCUAAUGAGUACUCGUUGUUCAAAGCAGUUCAGAGCUACUAGAGCGAGUGCUAUAUACAUGUGGUGGAGAAUUUGCAAGUUGAUCGACGACUUCUGUAUUGGUUGUGCUGAAAGGAGAAAGAAAGGCAUUUGGUUGGAAUAUGAGCAUCAAGCUUUUGUGAAAGAGGUGCUGAAGAUGAAGGAGUUGAUUGCUUACCUGUGGUAUGCUUUGGGGAUUGUUCUUUGGCUGGAUAUGCAAAAGCCUGAGGGCUUCCGAUGGAACGUAAUUCAUGUUCACCUGUAAGUCCAUCUAUACACUCUAAUUCAUUGAAUUUCUAAUGCGUAAUAGCUACGGCCAAUCUACUAGACUCCCCUCACGGAACGAAUAUACAAUCGGCCAUGAAGUCUUCAGUACAAUUCCAGACACAGCCAAGCUACCUUGUCUCACCUUUGAUGCGCCCCAAAACAUUCAUAGAAAUACUUCACAUGGCGAUACCACUGAAGAUGUUCAAGCGAAAGUACAUACCAUUGAUGAAGAAGUCUUUUGUAUUCUCAAGAACUCUACUGCCUGCUACACCGACUUUCAACGGAUAGCUAGUGGUUUUAUCGGCGCUGCGGGAAGCCCAGACAGUAGUUCAAUGAUGGAAAGCGAGAAGUGGAGCACUCCGACCUCACUCAGCUUUUCUACCAUUCCUGAAUUAGAGUCAGAGGGAGACCGAACUUCUGUUCAUGGAAACCGCUCGCACAUCAGCACCCCUACAAUGACUCCCAUCGGAACGCCCACAGAAACGGAGUUCAGUUGCAUAAGCGAGGGAUUUAAGGAUAUAGAGAGCCGCGAGGAAAUGAAUAUUCAACAGAAAAACGAUACAUACCUCUUGGAAUUCAACCCAGGAUUGGAACUGAAGACCCCUUCAUUUAAGGAAAAUUAUAUGAAUGAGAUUAUCAGGUACAAUUCCUCCACGACCUUGACGGUCAAUCCCAUAUUCCGUAAAUCGACUUCCAAACGAAAGUCUGACAAAAGAGGCUCGCCUGACAAAAGACACUCCAAGGAAUUGCUAAGUAAAGCCAGAAAGGUUCUGAAAAACCUGGAUAUCUUUGAGGUUCUGUUGGCAAGAUACAGGCGGUGGGGCUUCGACCGGGAUAGCUGGUGGAGUGAAUUUCGAAGCAAUAGUUGGAGUACGGUGAGUACGGAGAGGACCCAAGAAGAUAAUGAAUGGGAGAAUAAUCCCCUCGUCAGGAGUUAAGUGGAAAUUUAUCGAAGAGAGUGCCUCCAGUGUGGUUUCGAUCUUUGGAUUUGAGGGGUUGCUUGUGUAAAGUGUUGGCACGAUGGGGUUUGUUGUAUGCGGUUUUACUGCACGUAAAGAGCGCUGGUGGGGUGUGUAUGUAGAUUGAGGAUACCUGCUACGGGUAAGGCUUAGAAUAGAUUUUUAUAGCGAGAGGUUUUUGUGAG